AAAAAACAUAACCUCACUCUUGAAUCCGUUGUUUGUUCUUCUAUUUGAGGUUAUGUCUUAAAUUUAAUAUUUAAUAAUAGAAUAACAUUUUUCAGUGUUAGAUAUUCCUGAUUUUAAAAUUAUAAUCUGAACUAAUGAUUAAUAAUUUCCUCACAGAACAAGAAAAUGAAGUUAAUUCGAACUCUUCUUUUCUUUAUUGUGCUCAUCAUGCGGUUUUCAAGUUUUGAGUUUUUCUCAAUGCACGAAAUGUUUUCAACAGCUAAACGAAUGAUGAACUGGGAGUCAUGCGAUAAUUAUUGGGUAAUGGGAGAUCUAAAAGGUUUGCAAGAAGACUUGAGAACACAUCUAUUUGGACAACCGCUAGUCGAAAAGGACCUUAUUUACGCCAUCGGAGCCCAUUUUUCGAAAAAGUUCGACCAACCUCUUCUGCUCAGUUUCCAUGGCAACGCAGGAGUCGGUAAAACAUACGUGGUACAGUUCAUUGCAGCAAGGAUGCUCCGCAAAGGAAUGUCCAGUAUUUACUACAGAUCCUAUGUUGGCAGUGAACAUUUUCCUUUGGCUUCCCACACUGAAAUUUAUAAGACAGAACUGGAGAAUGAGAUCAGAAGUGUGACUAGUAAAUGUAAAUUUUCGUUAUUUGUUUUCGAUGAGGUGCAUAGGAUACAUGGGGAUGUACUGGAUAAAAUUUAUUCGUUAGCUAGGGCGUCAAAGCUGCGGAGUGAGAAUUAUAUUGAUAUGGGGAGAUCUAUCUCCAUUUCUGAUAACAGAGAUCCAUCUUCAUUUUCCUUUCAAAAUACCGGCGGUAAAAUAAUCACUGACCUCUGUACCAUUUAUAAAGAGCAGGGAAUUCUACGCAAAGAUUUUAAUCUGGUGGAUUUUGAAAAUUUUUUGAUCCAAGAAGCUAACAAUGAAGGUCCCAUAUUAAAACGGUAUUUCCAAUCCUACCUUUUGGCUAUUGGCUUGCUCAUUCCUACCCAAUUCUUCCGUCGUUUAUUUCUUGGAGGUUUGAAAAGCAGUGCCCUUAUAGCUAAUGAGUGCAUCGAUCACUUCAUCCCGUUUCUGCCUUUAGAAAGAGAGCACUUAGCUGCAUGUGUUAAAGCUACCAUGAAAAGAGAUAACGUCACUCGAAUCGAGAAUCAAGAGGAUUUCAUUGAAUCAGUUAUCGAUGCAGCCGCUACAUUUGAACCGGAAUCGAAAAAAUAUUUCGCCAAAAAAGGAUGCAAAAGGAUAGAUCAAAAAGUGAAAUUUCUAGCUUUGCAAAGGACUACUAAACAACUAUUGGAUACAGAUGAUCGUGAUGAAUUGUAGAUGUUUUAAUAGCAUAAUAAAUCAGGACCUCUUAUAUACUACUUGUAUAUAGGAAGUCCUGACAAUAUUUUAUAAUGAGUAGAACUAUGAAGUUGAACUAUGAACUAUGAUUUAUAGAACUAUGAAGUUGGAUGCAUGAAUUACUUCUUGAAAUUCAUGAAUUUGAAUUUUGUGAAUAGUAUCAUGAACUUUGAAUAUUGUGUACUAAAUCAUAAACUUAUCAGUGACAAUGAAUGCUCUGGCUGAGCUUCAAAUAACUUGCUGGUGAGGUUGGUAUCUCAGUAAUCUGUACUAUAAUAAAGUAAAGAAGUGGCUUAUACACGUACGUUAUAGGACAAUUAUGUUUAACGCAUCAUCACGUCUCAACUACCCAACUCAUUAAUGUUGUUCACUGAUACUCAUAUGUGCAAAUCCCUUGAGUACUCAUGAUUAUUUAAGUUUCAAAUUGAUAUGAUACUUUAACCUCUGUCUAAUUCUAUUUCAUGUUUUAUUUAAGUUAAUUUGAUUAUUAACACUGUUUUAUUCGAGUCUAGUCCAACCCAUAAGCUAGUAUUAAUGUAUUGCAGUGCCUUUACAUUCUAAUUGAUACUUAUAUAUGAAAUAAGAUUAAUUAAUGAAUAGAAACUUAUUAUGUAGUGAAUUAAUUAAUUAAACCUGAUAGUAUUGAAAUAUGUAAGAUAUUUACUUGAGCUAAUAAACUACAACCAUAGAGAAACAAUAGCGUAAGUAGAUAUCCCACGGUAUAGGGCGUUUAUGUCGCAGCUUUUGCUACAACUUAUUAAAAACAGUGAAAGUCCUCUUAACCUUGAAGUAUUUUUGUAAGAUAUUUACCUGAAUGUGUUUGACAUAAAUUGAAACAUGACCAGUAUACAGCCCUAUUAUCAUAGUGAAUAGUUAUUGUCUUUUUCCUUUAGUGCUACUUUAAAAUAAAUAGAAAAUAUAAACCUGAGUACCCUUUUGAAUAGUUAUUUUUAGUAGGGAGCAAAGUGAGACUUUUUGGGCAAAAGUUUGGAGCCCGUGGUAAAGUCAGGAAAUUUCAAUUGAUAGAGUGAAGCAACAUAACCCAAUUUGUUUGCAAACUUUUUUAAAAAUUCGGAAAAGGAACAGUUUAUUCUUUAUUGAUUCAUACAAUAAGUACAUCAUUAAAAUGAUAGGGAGAGAAAAAAUAAGGUAACCUUGGGCUAUUCCUCUCCCAAAUUUAGAUAAGGUUACACAUAGUUUUGGACUAGGCCUGUUGGUCCAUUUUUAAUCAUAUAUGACUUGUGAAUUGUGGAAUGUGUAAAUAAAUAAAAAUGAAUUACCUCUAGGGAG